GGUCGCCGCCGCCGCCGCGCCCAGGGGGACCGAUCCUGCUCCGGCGCUUCCUGCCGCGGAGAUGGCAGAAUACAGCAGUCUUCUGGAGCAGCUGGCUGAGAACAUCACCAACGAAGACCUGGACCAGCUGAAGUCGGCCUGCAAGGAGGACAUCCCCAGCGAGAAGAACGAGGAGAUCACCACCAGCAAGGACUGGUUCAGCUUCCUUGAAAAGCACAAGAAACUGGACAAAGACAACCUCUCCUACAUCGAACACAUCUUUGAGAUCUCCCGCCGCCCUGACUUGCUCACCAUGGUGGUCGAGUACCGCACCCAAGUGCUGAAGAUCUCCGAGGAGGAUGAAGUGGACACAAAGCUGACCCGUAUCCCCAGUGCCAAGAAAUACAAAGACAUAAUCCGGCAGCCCUCCGAAGAAGAGAUAAUCAAACUGGCUCCGCCACCCAAAAAAGCUUAAAGUGGGGGGGGGGGAAGGGGGAGGAAGGGAGCAGCUGGGAGGAGGAU